GAUUCAAAUCAAAUUCAAUGGGUUUCUCCGAAUAAAAUUUCAACAGCUUAAACCCUCUCUGCCUCGACUAAGAUCACUUUGGUUAUCGAUGGCUGCAUAUUCUUCUGCCCGAAUGCUAUAGGGAUCAAGAACUUUCAAGAGUUGAUCCCAUGGGGGAAGGUGAUAAAAGCAUUGGUGUUGGUGAGGAAACCUCUACGAGGGUUUCAGAUGGUUCACCAUCAUGGUUGUCUGCUAAGCGACAAAGAUUCACCAUCGACCUCAGGCCUGGUGAGACCACGAUAGUUUCUUGGAAGAGGUUGAUCAAAGACGCUCACAGCACUUCCCCGCCUUUGACUGCCCGAAACAUUGAGAAUUCUCUGGAUGAGUGUUUUCAUGAGGACAAGUCAGCAAGUAAACAGAAUGGAUUACUUGUAAACUCCAAUAAAUUGGAAUGCAGAAAUGAAACUGUUCUGUCAGUGACUCAACCAUCAGAAAACGGAGAAAGAUAUGGCUGAAGUUCGGGGAGAUAAAGUUGAUGAUCUUGUACUUAGUAAACAUGUAAAAGUGGAACAGGGAAGGCUGAAUUGUGCGGCAACAAAUGCAGUGCUUGAAGAACAAUCUUCUGCCCUCUUGCAGAUCUCAGUUGCUAACAUUGGUACUAAGUCUGAGCAUUCUUCAUAUACAGAAGUCUCAAAUAAAGAUGCUUCCAUAACUCCAUCAAAUUCAAAGGAUUCUGAUAAGUAUAGAAGUAUAAGCAUCCACUCUAGUGAUUUAGGAAAUAAUACAAACUCUUUAGCAACAUAUCAGAAACAUCUGGAAAAAAGGUUUUGUAAAAAACAUAAGUCCCCAGUGAGAAAAUUGAUGACUGAAAACAAUGAGGAAGGAAUUUCCACUGAAGUAGAGAAGAGGAAGAAGCGGGCAACAUGUGGUGAACUGCCUGAUCUUAAUCUUCCUGUUUAUCCAGUGCAAUCAGAGUUGAAGGAUGUUUCUAAUUUGAGGCCAAAAGGAACUAUGCUUGAAAAGGCCAUGAGAGAGUUGGAGAAAGUUGUUGCAGAAUCAAGACUGUCAACUAUGGAAGUUCAGGAUAUCGAUGCUUCAUCUGCUGCUAUCGAAAGAAGGUUGCCAUGUGAAGUUAAGCAGAAGCUUGCUAAAGUUGCCAGACUAGCACACUCAAGCCAAGGGAAAAUAUCCAAGGAGUUAAUCAACAUGCUUAUGAAUAUUCUUGGGCAUUCAAUGCAAUUGAGAACAUUGAAGAGGAACUUAAAAGAAAUGAUUUUAAUGGAACUCUCAGCAAAACAAGAAAAUGCUGAUAGAUUUCAACAGAUCAAAUUGGAGGUCACUGAAAUGAUCAAAUUGCAGGUAUCUAAGCUAGGAGAUGUAGCAACUGGCAGUAGACAGGAAGUGCUUGGUUCUGAAGAGAAAGUUGUCCUUAAACAAAAACACUGCAUGGAUAACAUCAUGGAGGAUAAAAUCUGUGAUCUUUAUGAUUUGUACAUUCAGGGGAUGGAUGAAGACAAAGGCCCGCAAAUCAGAAAACUAUAUGUUGAGCUUGCGGAACUGUGGCCAAACGGAAUCAUGGACAAACAUGGGAUAAAAAGUGCAAUUUGUAGGGCAAAGGAACGCAAAAGGGCAUUGUGUGAAAAUGAUAAGGUUAGAGAGAUCAGGAGAAAGAAGUCGGCACAGAAAAUGGAGGGUAGUGUUGAAGGAGAAGCUUGUUCAGUUUCUGAAUUGCAGGCUGUGCAAGAGAAUCAGGAAUCUGCUUCUAGUAGUCACAUUUUAGCUUUGCCUUGUAGGACGACUUCCUGUAAAGAAACCCUGGAUCAGCACCUUGCUGCACCUCGUGAAAUUACCAGUGUGCAACCAAAUUCCGGCUUGGACAUUUCUGAAGAGAAGAUUGAGAAAAUGGCAACCCCAUCUCUGAAAGAGCAAAUGAAGCAGAAGGAGAAGUCGAAGAAUAGAGAGAAGAAAUUAUCGACGAAACAGGAGAAGGAAUCUCGCAAAUCUAACAAGAAGGUUAUUGGACAGCCAGAUGCAGCGAGCUAGGAAUUGGCUUCCCUCCUCCCCCCCCCCCAAAAAAAAACCCCAAACCACAGAACAAAAGCUGCGGAUAUCAUCCUCAUCGACUCUAUUAUCAACUUGAAAUUGACAACUUGUAGAGUGAGGCGUUGUAAACUUUCUAAUUUGCAUGUAUAAUUUUAGGGAAUCAACUGAAUUUUAGAAUUACAGAUUGUGAAGUUGCGUUUUUUGCUGUCGUUUGACGACGGAGGGAGAAGAUACGGUGCAGCAUUGAUGCAGCUGAAUUUGAGAGUUUUUGUGAUAGAGAAGAGUGCAGAAAGCAUGUUGAUGUCUUUUGGAGAAAAGGGGAUUUGAUCGACAUUUUAGAGGAUGGGUUCUUGAAUUGGUAGAUUA